AUGCCGAGAGAGGACACGCUGCGGUCGGCCAAGGACGACGCGAAGGCCCAGGAGACGGGCGCGGCCACGCACCCGGUGAGCUCCGCUCCGACGUUCGUCCUCGUAAGCGAUACCCGCAUGUUCAUCCAAGAGAACGUCUACGCCAUCCUGGGUCACGGCAACUUCCAGCGGCGCCUGCUCUUCACCGGCAUGUUGUCCGUGACGGUGCUACUGCUGCACGCGUUCGCCAACUUCCUGAUUGGUCGCGACGUGGACCACUGGUGCCGACAGCCGGACGAUCUGAGCCACGUGUCCGGAGAGACCUGGAGGAACACGGCCAUACCAAUCGAAGCCGACGGCAGCCACAGCCGAUGCACCGUCUACCACCCAGCCAUGCCAACGCCGGACAAUGCCGUGGAGAUACGCUCCGUGAUUUCAAGAUACUGUUGGAAUUACGACACCCAAGACGUCAGUGACAGCAUCGUGAGCCGCUGGGACCUCGUCUGCAACAAACGCUGGCUCUACAAGUUCACCAAGAUUGCCAACAUGUUGGUAGCCGCAUUGCUCGUGCCAGCCGCCGGGUUCGUGUCCGACCGGAUCGGCCACCAGCUGGCCAUAUUGGGCAGUGUGAUUUGCCUGCUGGCAUGCAGCGUGGCGUGCAGCGUUGCGCAAACGUUCUUCAUGUUCCUUGUGACCCGGUUCUUUCUCUCCGCGGCCAGCUGCUCGGUUCAGGUGCUCAUGUUCAUCCUCAUCUACGAGGUGACCGGCAACCAGAACCGGGCGACCUACGGCGUCCUGGACGCAGCGCUCGGCACGACCCUGGUGCCGCCAGCCUUGUACGUUCUCUCCAUUCAGGAGCCCCACUGGGUUAUGGCGCACCUAGAGCUGCUGUUGCCCACGUUCAUGCUCGUUUUCUGGUGCUUCCUUCUCGACGAGUCACCCGCCUGGCUUCUCUCGACGGGAAAUCCUCACGCCGCGGAAGCAGCCGCCGUGGCCGCUGCCACCAGUAACGGCCUGAGUGCGCACACGGCGCGAGAAGCCUUCCGGGCACUCGUCGCUCACAUCCGAAGGCGCGACGCCUCCAAACAGUUUGUCAUGACCAUCGGCGGCAGCGACAUGUUCAUGCACGAGCCUCUGUUCCGUUGGGGCGUCAUGUCUGUCCUGCCGUCCUGGUUCAGCGUGAACCUCGCCUACUACGGUUUCGUCCUUCAGAACGCCUAUACCAGACACGUGUGGCGCACAAUACACAUGGUCGUCCAGGCGUUGCUCUACGCCAGCGUCUGUUGGUACAUCAGCGACCACGGACAGCGGGAGACGCUCUCGAUACUGCUCGCCUUUCUGUGCGCCUCCGCGGUCACUCACGCUGCCGUGUCCGUGACGAUGGCGGGCCAGCUAUCCUCAGCAGUCGUUCUCGUCGUCGAGAGCCUGGCGUCCGCAGCGCUAAGCGUCAACUACGGCUACACGGCGGAGGUCUUCCCCACUACCGUGCGGAGCAUAGGCCUCACGAUCUCCUACGCGUUCGGUCGCGUAGGGGUCAUCGUGGCCUCCGUUAUUGUGGUGCUCUGGGGUGGUGCCAAUGAAGCCGACAUGCCGCUCGAUGUGGCGGUGGCUGCGUUGGCUUUGUUGAGCGCCGUUUCCAUCCAGUGGCUGCCCGAGAUAUUUGCCAGGAAAAAGGAGAAGUCUUGCUGCAGCAGCGAAAAGGAAAGGAAGGAAGCAAUCCUGGCGUCACUGUCUUCCACCAUCAAGACGAUCAAACACCCACUCAAAACCCGCCGAAGGUCAUCGGGAGCCGUCUCGGCGUCGUCUUCCAAGACACGCACACUAACGGCCCGUCCACCUAGCAGCCUAUAG